AUAAGUAAAUGCCUGCCGAAGGCAAGAGUGCACCACCCGAAGAGUGGUCUCCCUACACCGUAAGUCCGGACUGGGGCGGGUUCCGCCGGGCACAGUGUAGGUAGACCACUCUUCGGGUGGUGCACUCUUACACCGUGGCCGGACUUGGCCGGUCGGUCGGACUCUGCCGGGGCUUAGCCAAGGCUUUGCCGGAUUCCUAUAGGAGACAUUCCAUGCCGGUUCGGCCAGGGCCUGAAGGUGACCAUUGACGAUUUCCGCGCCACUUUGGCAUUUUUUUGUACUCGUCGAGAUAGGGCGAUUGCCAAAUUUUUAGGUCCCUAAGUCCAUUUUUGCGCCCAGGGUGGCAAUUUUUAGAUUUCUCUGAACUUUCUUUAGUGGUUUUGUUGAAAUUGCGCUUCGAAGUCCCUUUCUUGGCUCUCCACGGCACAAUUUCAACGCCAGCUCAAUGAUUUUGUGCUUAAAAGAUGCGUAUUAAAUAGAGGAAGAGACUCCAGUGGUCAAAUUCUACUUUUGAAGUCAUCUUCGUGGUGAUCCAAGCGAUUUUGUAAAUUAAAAACAUGUAAAAAUGAGGUAAUUUUUGCUAACUUUGGCGAGGCAUCUUUCGAUGACCGACAUCGAAAUUUGAACUUUUUCUAACGGAUUCUUGAAGGUCUCGAGGAGAUCUUUCGAGUUCCGGUGCCAGAAAGUAUGGGACCGGCCCUAGUUUAUCCGCUACACCGCUCCAAAGUUUCGAAAAAUCCCAAAUUUGCACUAAAUGGUGCAAGGAGUGGACUUUCGCUUGCAGGCCCACGGCAAUUGCCAUGCGAGUCCCAGGCCAUCUCGGCCCGACUAAAACUGACCCCUGCAAUAACUUCAACUUGAUCCCAAGCCCCAGGGUCACUCACCGGCUCGGGGGUAAAGGGGAAGGGAGGAAAGAAUACAGUGAAUUUUCACAAAAUUAUGCCCUAAGCUUAUAUGUCGUCCAAGCCCCGCAUCAGUGGUGAUUAUGGACCUCAGGCCAACGCCGCUUCCUCAUUGGUCGAAUUCAUCUGGUUUAAGCUUACCCAUGAGUGCCCAAUUUUGAAUUAAUUGAAACAAAUUUAGUCCAAUAGCAUUUGUGAUGAAAUAUAACAGCUAUUGGAAUGGGAACGUGUUAGUGUUCUUUCUUAACUCAAAAUUGUUUUUUUCUGAUGUUUUUGCUUGUUCUUUAACUAUGCAAUUUUCUGUUGCAGAUGUCAUUCUUUGCAAAUCUUUGUGCCAAAUUGGAAGCCCAUGUGGGUAAACGCAAACCAGACGAACUCGUGAGAGGAAUUGCUUAAAAAGCAUACAAAUUCGCACUGAGAAAAUCUGAUUUCGAAGAUCGGCCAAAGUCAGGGGUUUACCCAAUGAACUUAGUUGCGUAUGUCCAGGAUCCAAAUUCACGCAACAAGUAUUACGUCACCAUGCCGGCAUUGUACAACGAUCUUCAAGAAGAGGAAGUGAAGGAGUUAAUGAUGCUAUUGCUGCUAAUAAGAUACCAUUCAUUGUCUUCUACGGCAAAGACAACAAACGUAACGACUGUGUGUUGCACGAGUCCCAUGAGAGUAUUGAUCUGGCUAAGCUGUCUGCGAUCCUAUGAUGAACAAUACUCUGAAAGUGGCCCAAAGCCCAAGAAACCACGAACAGACUCUGAUGCAUCAACUAGCAGCGGUUCAAUUCGAGACUAGUUUUUCUGUAGUUCAUUAAAAGUGUAAUUUGGUGUACUGGUUGUGAAGCCCUAAUAAUAAUAAGAAUUGAGAGUUUAGUUUUGUAUUUGGUAUUGGCGUUUCAAACAGCUACCGCCGCGCCACUAGCGGCCGCCGCGCGAACUAGCGAAUCCGUGAUCGCGUCGCCCGGCCUCCAUAGGCGUCUUAUGGGACGCGGCGUUGUUUACGUGAUUUAGGUCUUAUAUUUCUCGUUUAUACCCAAUUGACAUCAUUAAAAUGGAAGAUAGGGUAGUGCAGAACACUAAAAUGAAGAAGGACAGGCACAAUUGCUGUGUUCCUCAAUGCAGUGCAGUGAAAAGUGCUAACAAUCAUUUGCAUCAAGUCCCGAAGGAAGAAGGUCUUCGAAAGGCCUGGGCGAUCGCUAUAAAAACGGGAAAAAGCCUGAAUCCAAAGAUGACCGUGUGCAGCAAGCAUUUUUUGGACACAGACUACAUUAUUUCACUUGGGGCUGGUUUGAAGAGACGGCUGAAACCAGGAAUAAUUCCAAGUCAGAAUCUGCCCAAUAGAGUACAUGACAAAGUAGUUUCAUCCCCUGUCAAACGCAAGAGACAGGAGAGAGUGGAAAGAGUUGCGAAGAGGAGGUUGUUUUCUGUUACUGUCUCUUUGUUUAUUUAUCUUUUACGUCCAAUUAAUUCAGGACUAAAAAUUUUUAUUUUGUCUUGCAGGUCUAGGGAAAUUGAUGGAAAAGCUGUUGAAAAAGCUGCAUCAGGUUUGGGUUGUGCAUCAAUUGCACAACAGUUGUAAACAGCUUCACUGUAUAAGCCGUUUAUAUAAUUUUUUUAUGUGCUUUUGCUCUUUUUUUGUUUCAAUUUGUAGUUUCUUAUGGAUCACUUAUUAUUGUUUAUCAAUUUUUCUCUUUAAUCAACUUAAUGUGGUAGUAAUCAAGACUUGGAGUCCCCAUAAUCGAAUCAACUUAUUUUGGUUAAUCAACUUCUAUUCAUGG